AUGGGGUACGAAAAACUCAAUUGGUUUCUAUGGUACGAGUAUCAACAAUCGGUCAUGGUCAAGGACGUUGUUGAACAAGUUCAGGCCGAAGAAAGUCGAAAGACUAGGUUCAAGGACAAUCUUCAGGGAGGCAACCGUGAGGAUCGCAACCUAAUUUACGAGAAGCGGAUAUUUGUGGAUGCGGGAGGACGGUUGCCACCGCGCCACAAAGCCUUAAUCUUAUAA